AUGGCAAUCCAUCGAUUCAUCGGCCGUCGUGGUUGGCCUUCGGAGAUAUUCUCUGACAACGGAACGAACCUACGAGGGGCCAGCAAGGAGAUAGCGAAUACGGUGCGCGAGAUCGGUGCGGACUGUGCCGAUGAGAUGACCAACGCCCGUACCCGAUGGACGUUCAACCCUCCCGCUGCUCCACACAUGGGUGGCGUAUGGGAACGUCUAGUUCGCUCGGUGAAGGAGGUGCUCGCGGUUAUGGACGACGGAAAGCAGCUGACUGAUGAGAUCCUGCAGACAGCCUUGGUAGAAGCUGAGGACAUCAUCAACUCACGCCCGCUCAUCUAUAACUCGCAGCAGUCGGAAGAUGCCGAAGCCCUCACACCAAAUCAUUUCCUGCGCGGGGUGUCGCCGAAUCAGCCGAAUGAGAUCCUCCCUGCCCCACCCCUGGACGUAGCCCUACGCGAUGCUUUCCAAUGA